UUUAUCCUGCUUGUCUGUCCCGCUCACUCAGACCUCACAGGAAACACCUAACUCCCACCCCCCUCCCCAGCCCUCACACUCACUCACCUUCACUCACCGCACUUUUUUGCUCUCACACACAGUCCCACCGGCUGCGCUGAAUCUGACCAGAGAGGAUGGCUGCGUCCAUGUGGAGAAUGAAUGGGCUCUUGAGACGGAUGGCUGGAGUUCUGGUGCUCUGCACUCUAUUGCUCAGCAAUAAAGUGAUAUGUCAAGAGGAUGGAGCAACAAAUGCUCCAGCCCAAUCUACAGCUGAUCCAUCUGCAGCUGAUCCAGCUGCAUCCGAUCCAGCUAUAGACGUCAGUGCUGGGCCAGUUGCUGCAGCUCCGGAUGCCACUGUUGCCCCCACUGUGGGUGACGCUGCCACUGCUGCUGGUGGUGCAGACUCUGUUCCUUCUGCAGUUCCUGGAGAUAACCUGUUCCCUGCAACUAUUGUAAACAUUGCGGUUGAUAACAGCCAGGAUGGAGAGACUUCAGGUACCUCUGGGACCACCCCUGCCCCCCUUGGCAGAGUCAAUGAGGUGCCUGAAGUCGCUGAGGUACCAGAUGACUCCCAUGUUGUUAGAGUGGUGCCUAAUGUGCAGUGUGUUGGAAAAGAGGACAUCCCAGAGAGCAAUGCUGUCAGGGCUGUGGUGGUAACAGACGACUGUGAGGCCACUAAACGCAUUAUUCAGGAAAACCCUGCAAGCUGGUGCCUCACGGAAAACUGUAAUCUCGAUAUCUUCCAAGAUGGCAACAACGUGCUGGUGGCCAGCAAAGAGGCUGGGCUGGGAUCUUUGGCUGCAGCACUCCAGAGUGAACAUUUGAAAGACAAGCUGGGUGUGACAAAAACAGAGACCCCGUCAUCAUCAGGUUCCUCAGUAUUUGUUGGAGUACUGGUCUCUGGUCUGCUCGCUGCCCUGGGCAUCACUGCUGGUUACUUCAAAUGCCAACGCAGGCCUGACCCCAAGGGAGUGAGGCUGGCAGAGGAGGCCUAUCCAGUAGAUCAGGAGAACCAGGGGAACACUCUUGUAUCUGUGGCUCCCCUCAACCCCCCUCCAGAAACUCAGGAGAAACCCAGCGUAAACGGAGAGUCCCCCGAGGCAGCCAAGACCCAGCCUCCCCCUCCCACCAAUGGCCACUCCACCGCCAAGACAGCAGACACUGAGCUGUGAAAUAGUCUAUACCAGUCCGUCGCAGCCCAGGAACUACCCCCACAAACACACCCAAUCCACACACAUGCCUAUGAAAACUCACCUCCUUUUCUGAAUCCACUCCUGCCCUGCCUACACAGCAAAGUGGACACCAGGAACUAGAACAAUCUCCUACAUCAACACCUCCUCUUGUUAUGGUCCCCUUGCCUCCUCCUUUGGCUACGUGCCUCAACAAACAUCGGGAAAACUAGCCUGAUGAUGAUGAUGAUGACGACGAUGGUGGGUGAUGAUCUAUGUCGAUGACGACGAAGGCUCAGUCGCUUGGUUGUUGAUGGCAGUCAGGCUGGAGGCGAGACACAGAAGAUGGGCAGUUUUGGGUGGGGAUAAAGUGUAUUUUAGCAUUAAUCAGCACUGGCUCCCAUGACGACUGCAACCUCUGGAGUCACAGCCAUGUGCUGUCUACACCCAGCAGGGUCUCUUUUUGUCGUCAGGUUUAAAUCGUCCACUCGAAAAUACAGUAUAAGCACAUAAGUUGAUAGACAGAGAGGAAGAGAAUCACACUGCCUUGAAAUCUGUUUACAAACUUGUCAGAGAGGAAAUCCCUUGGGCUCUCAUUUUGUUUGAUUGAGUUAUUGCUUGUGUAGGUUUGCGAUUGUGUGUGUGUGUGCGUGUGCUGCUGUCAAAUCCCGCUUGUGUGUGUUAACAUAUACUUGCAUUUGUACUGUGCAUGGACUGUAUAUAUCUAUACAUGCAUCUGGGCUUUUCUCGCUUACUGUAUGUACUGUGUGCAUGUGUGAUGAGGAGUGAAAGAGUUGAACAAUGAGUUUGAAUGUGCAUGUGACAUUAGCCAUGAAAAGUGUACAGUUUUGUAAAACCAGUUGACAAAGUGAUGGCUCACCGAAUUACAGACGGUCACCGUGACGAUGAGGAGGAAGGAGUAUCGUAAAGUUUCAAUCACACCAUUUUUUUUUUUUUUUUUUGGAAGACGGAAUUCUCUAAUCUGCUACUGCAAAAACCAAAGUGUGAUCCAUCACAAAAGUUUGCAGGCCCCUUUACAGUGACUUCAUAGUUGCUACUGAAAAUCAUGAGACUGACUUAUCUGACCAACAGAUACAUAAAGGCCUCAGCCUCUGUCAUCUCUGUCCAUCCAUUUGUCAGUGUUAUUCUCUUUUCAAUAUACUGUAUAAACUCUUUUUACUAUCAGUAUUCUAUUGCGCAGUGUGUAUAGAAUGGUGACUUUUUUCUCUCGUUUUUAUCUAUUCCUGCUACGUUCAUUUUAUGUGCCAAAGAAUUUCAUAUCUUAUGUUGUACUAAAAUAUGUACUUUGUGGAACCUUUACAAUGUUUGAUCCAGUUCGUAUACGAUACAGAAGAUGCUCAAGGGCUAUGACUGUUUGAAAGAUGGGUUCAGUGGCCUGUAAGUUCAGCUGACGUCAGUUUUUACUGACAUACCAGAGGAAAAAAAAAAAA